UAUUACAACUCCUACUGCUAUAGUUUAAGCGGAAGUAUCCAACAAAUAUUGUUGACAGCCGAAUCUACUUGUAACACUGGAAAACAAAGGUGUCUGGAGAGAGAAGAUUGAGAGAAGAAAGCAGAGAAAGGAGGGAGAAGCGUAGAAUCGCGUGUGUGACUUUACUACAACAUUACUAUAGUAUAGUAGUAAAGCGAGGUUAUAGAAAUCACUACUCUUACUGCUACCUGAGUGGGCGCCUCCUCCUUCCACACUGUUUAUUAUAAGGAUUGUUAAGUGGGAACCUUCUCUCUACUCGGCCUUCUCUCUUUCUCUCUCUACUCGGCCUUCUCUCUUUCUCUCUCUCUCUCUCGCCACUCGAGUGUGACUUCUCCCUCCUACUCGGUCAGUUGCCGACUACUACGUUUAGUGUUCAAACCUUUCCCACAGAAGGAUUCGUUCAUAUAUACUUAGCGCCGACGAUGCCUGGUGAUCAGAGAGAAGAUAGAAUUCCGUCCAACAUGAAGGACUUGCUCAAGUUUUGUAUGGAAAAUACGAAGGCUGAAGAUGCGCCCAGUGCAGGGGCAUCCCAGGUCAAUGAACUGGGAACAGAAGAUCGUGAAUGGCUGGAAGGAGCACUCAAUAGUUUGACCGAGAGUCCCGUUAGGCGUAUGAAAGAAUGUAUCCGUAUUCUAAAGUCUCCAAAUAGUGAAAAUGAAGAUGACGACAAAGAGGCUGCUCUUGAAGAAUUACUUGAAUGGUGUGAAUAUAUAGAUUUUGCAAUUGAUUUCUUUAAAAUUGGAGGUUUUGAUAUCCUGCCAAGUCUUCUUCAUGAUCCCAAUUCAGAAUUACGUUGGAGGACGCUCGACCUUAUUGCAGCCCUUGUUCAAAAUAACCCAUUCUGUCAGAAGGCAGUAUUAGAUUCUGAGUUACUCAACACAAUGAUGGAUGUACUGGACAAUGAUUCCACUACCAGUGUCCGAAUCAAGGCAUUGUAUGCUAUUUCAUGUUUAUGCCGAGAAGAACCAUCAGCACAAGAUAAUUUUAUCAAAAGAGAUGGGUUCUCUUACUUGAUGAGAGCUAUGCAAGCUGAUGUUGAAAAGCUCAAAAUAAAAUCUGCUUUCUUGUUGCGGAAUAUUGUUAACCAAAAGCCUGCAGUGAAAGAGACUUUGUGUGAUAUGGGUAUGUUGGAACAACUGAUUGGACAUCUGCGAGAAGACCAUUCCCUUUUCCAUGAACAUCUUAUGGCAUGUUUGUUAGCUAUUCUUACUGAUCAUCCACGUUCUCUUGAAGACUGUAAACAACCACAGCUGGAAUUUAAUGAAAUCUUACAACAAAAACUUAAAUCUCUACAUGGAAGAGAUGAAUUUAGAGAAGAGCUUCAGUACACGAAAAAUAUAUUGCAGAUGUUAGGUUCAAGUGGUAGUAACAGUAGCAGUCCUGUUGGAUGUGCAUCAAGUGCAGGAAGGUAAUCUGUCUCUGCACUUCACCAUACACACACACACAUGUAUAUAUAUAUAUAUAUAAAUAUAUAUAUAUACUACGCAUGCAUGUAUAUCUAUCUGUCGGUAUGUAUGUGUGAAAUGGGUG